AUGAUGAUGAUGCAUUUUUUGGCAAUGUUUCUUUAAAAGACCUGGCAACCUUGGUCACAAGCAAACAAAAAUCUGGCGGCUGCCGCACUCGUCUCUGCGGCGUGUUUUGAUGGUUUUGAUCACCUCACAUAUAUGUUGAUAUUGAAAACUGCGCUGCCUACAAACAGUUGCACUUGUCAUAACAGCUUGCGCUGGCAGCUGGUGCCAUGGCUCGCAAUAUCUCGCGCAUCGUGGUGAUAAAGUGGUAAAUUUUGAUUCGUGCCGUCCAAAAUAUUAGUGUGCUCUCCCUAUGCGCAUCGCCGCGUCAUUUGGAUCCGCUGGCGGUAGUGCUUCUGCAAUUUCAAUAACUCGCCGCGUCAUUUUUCGAUGAAGGCCAUGGCUUCGCUGUUCAAAAACAAGCGAUGCACACUUGAGAGGGCGGAGAAGUUCGUCAGCGCGGUAUAUUUCACGGAUGUCAAUCUUUACGGGAGGAUCUACCCGGAGGUUAGAGAUUUGACCAGUCUGGCCGUGUGGUCGACUCCUGAUCGCGUGUCCUUUCUUGAAGCUUCUAAGCGACCCGACUACAUCAAGACCUGUGUAGGAGCUCAGUUUGGACCGACGUGGACAACCUGUUGGUUUAAGAUUGUGAUUGACAUCCCAAACAAGUGGUGUGGCAGAGAAGUCCACCUACGGUGGGACUCCGAGAGUGAAGCGCUUCUUUUCACAACAGAUGGGAAGCCUCUUCAAGGGCUGUCAGGUGGUGUGAAUCAUAUGGAACGACAUAGCUUCACAGUUACACCAUCCGCAACCGUGUCUUGCCUGCACCAUGAGUUCUUUAUAGAGAUGGCAUGCAACAGCCUUUUUGGUGCUGGAAUUCCCACCAUGAUUAGUGCACCUGACUCCAGGAAGAUGUUCACACUGAAGAAAGCAGACAUUGCCAUUUAUGACCGAGAAGUUGAUGCCCUAGUCACUGACCUGCAGCUCUUGACUGAGAUGGCACGAGAGUUGCCCAAGGAUAGCAUCCGUUCAUAUGAGGCAAUGUACACUGCCAAUGAGAUGGUUAAUUGCAUUGACAUCAAUGACAGGGGUUCGCUGAAAGCAGCCAAGGAAAUAGCCGACCGGUUUUUUGGUCAACGCAACGCAGAAAGCCAACACACCAUAGCGGCUAUAGGAAACUGCCAUAUUGACACAGCCUGGCUAUGGCCCUAUGCUGAGACCAGACGAAAGUGUGCUCGAAGCUUUGCGUCUGCACUUCUGCUGAUGGAGAAGUUCCCAGAAUACACAUUUGCCUGCUCACAGGCACAGCAGCUUUCCUGGGUCAAGGACAGCUACCCUUCAUUGUUUGAGAGAAUUCAGCACUACACCAAAAAAGGGCAGUUCAUCCCAGUGGGUGGAACAUGGGUCGAGAUGGAUGGAAACCUGCCAAGUGGGGAGAGUUUAGUGCGGCAGUUCCUUUACGGGCAGCUUUUCUUCGAGAAAGAGUUUGGUACCCGGUGCAAGGAGCUCUGGCUUCCUGACACGUUUGGAUACUCAGCUCAACUUCCCCAAAUCAUGAGGAUCUGUGGUGUGUCCCGAUUCCUCACUCAGAAGUUGAGCUGGAACCUGGUAAACAAGUUUCCUCACCACAACUUCCUGUGGGAAGGCCUAGAUGGCAGCACAGUCUUGGUCCACUUUGCUCCAUCCGAAACAUAUGGAGCAGAGCUCCGGGUGGCUGAGGUGGUGAAGUCAGUGACGAACCUGGAGGACAAAGGGCGAGUGUCGCACAGCAUUCUCCUCUUUGGUCACGGAGAUGGAGGGGGCGGCCCCACAGAGGCCAUGCUGCGACGUCAGUCAAGACUACAAGACGUCAGCGGGCUUCCCAAGAUCACACUGUCUACACCGGAUGCCUUCUUCUCAAUCCUGGAAUCUGAGUCUCGCAGUCUCUGCCGGUGGGCAGGCGAACUGUUUUUGGAGCUUCACAAUGCGACGUACACUACGCAUGCACGGACCAAGCAGCUCAACCGCAUGUGUGAGCAGGCACUGAGAGAUGCAGAGAUGAUCUGUUCCGUGGUGUUUGCACUUGCACCAGACGUGGCACCGUACCCAAGUCAGGAAUUUGAAGCCUGCUGGAAGGAUGUGCUCUUAAACCAGUUUCACGAUGUCUUACCGGGAAGCUGCAUAGCCGAGGUGAGAAAAGAUGCUGAAAGGAUCAAUAGAGAAGUGCUCAACCGGGCGGGACAGUUAAGCGAUGGCGCUCUGGAGAAGCUUUUUGGGACGUGCGAUGACUACACCAGUGGCGAUCUAGUGUUUGUGAACAGUUUGCCGUGGAGUCGAUCAGACAUCGUCUCCGUGCCCUGGCACCGGGAGGAGCUGUCCAAGCGCUGCUGGAUCGAAGGUGUGGACGACAACGCUAUGCAGCAGGCAGAACGUGGCACACUGGUUUCGAUUGUGGCUCCCCCUGCUGGCUAUAAAGUGCUCCGAGGCAUCUCAUCUCAAAAGGUUUCCGUCUUGGCUGUGGAGACUACACCUGGUGUGAUUCGACUGCGCAACCAGUUUUUGGAGGCGAAGCUGAAUAGCUGCUGCGAGGUGUCAUCGCUCAAGAUUCUCGGUGGCUCCAAGGAGUUUGUGGCUGCAGACAAACUGGCAAAUUUGUUUGUCAUGUUUGAUGACAUUCCCCUCUACUGGGAUGCCUGGGAUGUCAUGGACUAUCACCUCGAGACUCGUAAACUAGCGGUCAAGCAGGUACUUGAACCCGCUACCAUUUUGGAGCAGGGCCCUCUGCAAGCAGCUGUCAGAGUGAAAUUUACAGUUGGGCUCUCAAGCACCGUAACGCAGACUGUCAUCAUUGAUGCGGUGCAUCCGUACCUAAGGUUUGACACCCAAGUGGAAUGGAAGGAAGACCACAAGUUCCUCAAGGUUGAAUUCCCAGUCAACAUCUUGUCUCGGUGGGCCACUUAUGAAAUCCAGUUUGGGCAUCUGGAACGACCAACCCACUUCAACACAUCGUGGGACUGGGCGAAGUACGAGGUGUGUGGCCACAGGUGGGUCGACCUCAGCGAGCACGGUCAUGGGUUGGCAUUGCUGAACACGUGCAAGUACGGCCAUGCAGUCCACGGGAAUGUCCUGCGGCUUUCGCUGCUCCGAGCACCCAAGAGCCCCGACCCAGAAGCUGACAUGGGUCAUCACGAAUUCACCUACGCCCUCAUGCCACACCAGGGAACAUUCCAGGAAGCUGGAGUAAUUCAGCAAGCGUAUGAGUUGGGCUGUCCUCUCAAAAUGGUCGUCUGCAAUGCUGAAUCAAAGCUUUCAGGGGUUCUGAGUUCACAGAAGUCACUGAUGGAGUCAGCCUCAUGGUUUCAGGUGUCCUGUCCAGCAGUGGUGUUGGAGACGGUGAAACGAUCGGAGCAUCACCACGAUGCCCUGGUCCUUCGCUUUUACGAGGCAUACGGUGGAGAAGCAACUUCAGCAGUCACCACAUUCCUGCCUGUUGCCAGGGCACUUCUGUGCACUGCUCUUGAAGACGAAGGCACCGAGCUGCUCCUCAGCGGGGGAACAAUCCAGCUUGUCCUCAAGCCCUUUCAGGUUGUCUCUGUGCUGGUGUUCCUGAAGCCCCUCACCAACCUGCUCCACAUCGCCAGCCUCGUGCACCUUUCACCCGUUGCCCUCCCAACCCUCCGAACUUGAAUAGGCUGUGCCCAUUAGCUCUAUGUCACCCCACCCUCUGAAACACAAAUGGACUGCGCCAACUGCGCUGCCCCCAGAUUGUUCUCUGGCCCCUCAUUUCAUGUAGUUCUGCCAACUGACGAAGACCCUCGCGCUCGUUUUUGUUAGUUGCGUCGAGGUCGUUUCUGGCGACAGUUUCUCAGCCUCGUUUGACUUGCUGCUGAGAUGAAAGAUGGUCUGCCCGUUGAUCAUUGGCAACACACAAUAUUGUAGGUGAAAAAAAAAGUGCACUGUUAUAGAUUUGGAAACUAAGUCUUUCUAACCAAUAAGGUGAUCAUGCUUGCAUUGAAUAGUGACGGCGACGAGGGCAGCUAUGAAACGAUAGAGCAGGCUGCCUCAACACUGUCCUCACAGGAAGCCCGGCAGACGAUUCAGUCCCUCCGAGGCUUAUUUUUCGUGAGGAGCUUUCCACUGCACUAUGUGAAGCAUCUGGAUGCCUUGGCAAAAAAUGCCGGCUAGCUUCACAUAAAGCAAGCAAGGCCGACGGACAUUGGGUUUUCUCAUGCAAGCCAGAGAGAAGUACAUUGGUGGCGAGAUGCUUGUGGCGAUCUCCCCCCACCGUUUCUUCUGGAUUUCCCAAGCUGAGAGGCUGCUGUGGCAACCUUCUCGUAUUUUUUAAGAGGCCCCUUUAGGGGCCACCAAAGCAACACCUUGGUGAAGCUCGCAUAUUGCUUGCCGCCCUUGACCCCUCUUUGCAGUUGUUGCAGCAGUGCCAUUUUUGAACGCUGACAGCCGCGACUUGUUGCACGCGAUUGGAGCUCGCAGGAAGCACAGUUAAAACAUUAAACGAUGAGCACAAUCGGUAACCAGAUGGAAGAAGGUAGUGGGGAAAGGCACUGUGCUCCCCGCCAUUAUAGUUUUCUCACAACAGCUCUGCCAUCCCCCUAUUUUGAUUUUUAAGACGAAAGCCUUAAAUCUUUGUUUCAAGGUCGCAUUGUGAGGUACAGAAAAUCGGAGCACUGGUGCCACUGCUCGCACAUUCAUCUUCCACAUUUAUGCUGCCAAUCAUGCCAAGAAAUGCACAGUUAAUUAAUAGAGAGUUAAUUAAGGCACUCGAACCCACAACUUUUGGUCGGAGUCGAACCCAUGACCAUUGGAGGUAGUCAAACCUACCACUGUUGGUGCUAAUUAGUGUGAAGUUGAUUAAGGCACAGUUAAUUAAGGUGGCUUUAAUUACGGCACUCGAGCCCACAACCUUUAGUGGGAGAAAACAAAUAAGAAACAAUGCUUUAGAAUAAGAAUGUAAAAUAAUUUAACAGAUGUCUCUUGUGUGUGCAGGCUUUUGCCUUCACCCUCUUGGGCAUAUGGGAAAGUGACGGUCAAUUUUUUUCAUGCAAACUGGUUAUAACAAUUAUUAGUUAUAACAAUGUAUUUUUAAUGGCACUUGAACAUUGUUAUAGUGGGUUCAACUCUGUCUGCAAAUGUUGAAAAGAGCAUUGCCAGUGGAAAUAAUGUAGCGAGUAAUGAGAAGAAUGUGAUCAUGGUAAAGAAACCCUGAUAUAGCUUUUAUGAUACAAUAUUGCCAGGGUACAUCCAUUCACUAAGCUUAGAGAGGCAUCAAGUUGAGGUACAGUCUCAAGUGCAAAUAUAUGUUCAUAUGGUAUUCGUGAAAUAAUUUAUAACCAGAAAUGUUCUUUUAUCACUUUAUUUCGGAAUUUUACCACUUCCCCCUGUAAUUCCUUCAAGGCUUCGAGUUUGGAGAGUACUAAUAAAAGCACAUGCAAACAUGUUCGAAAAGUCGGAUGAAUUCACGAUUGAAAAAAGGUUUACUUUGGCUUAACAAAGCAUGCACAUAUAUGUAUAUAUAUAUGUAUGUAUGUGUAGGAGAUGAUAUUUUGUGUAGUCUGAUACAAAACAAGUCUGACCUACCAUUCAUUUGUUGUUAGCAUUGCAAACUUAAAAUUUUAAAUAUUCACUCAAGUGUACUCGCUUGGAUUGGUAAAUUAUCUGUCUCAGCGCCGACAAUGUGUUGUUUUGAAUGGCAAAAGCUCGGCAUACGCUUAUGUGACGUCAGGAGUCCCACAGGGCUCAGUCUUAGGGCCACUUUUGUUUUUACUUUAUAUAAAUGAUAUUUCUGUUGGUAUUUCGUCAUGUAUACGGUUGUUUGCCGACGAUUGUGUUGUUUAUAGGAAAAUUAAGAGUGAACAAGAUGCUGCCAUGUUACAAUUUGACUUAGAAUGCAUUAAAACUUUGUGUUCCACGUGAAAGAUGCAUUUGAACUUUAAAAAGUGUGUUCAUGUAUGUUUUACAAGAAAGAAGAAACGGAUUGUAAGUCUUUACCAGAUAAAUAAUACCCUGAUAAAGAACGAACUUAUAUACAAGGAUCUAGGUGCGACGCUAUCAUACGACUGCUCAUGGUCUGCUCAUGUGGAUGACGUCAUUGUAAAAGCUGGUAGGGCACUCAAUUUUUGUUCAGAAGAAAUUGAAAUGUUCACAGCCGAACCUAAAGAAAACUGCUUACUUAACAUGUGUGAGACCAAUUUUAGAGUACGCCUGUGCCAUCUGGGACCCCGCGCUGAAAAACUUGAUUGAUAAACUGGAAAGAAUUCAAAACCGAGCUGCUAGGUUCGUCCUGGGGCGGUAGGCGGAGAGAAAGUUGUACUGAAAUGAAACUCGAAUUGAAUUGGGAACUGCUUUCCUCCCGGCGGAAAAAGUUGAGACUGAAGUUUUUCUACCUUAUAUUUAAUUAUAAGACUGGAAUUAGCUGUAAAAGCUACUUGAAAGAACCACAUUAUAUUUCUAGGCGUAAUGACCAUUCACUUAAAAUCCGUGAGUACCGUGCCAGGACGCACUUGUUUGUAGAUUCCUUUUUUGUCAAAACUAUUGUGGAGUGGAAUCAGCUGUGUGAAGAGCAAGUGUGCUGUACGAAUGAAGAUUUGUUUUUUUUCCCUCCUGUAACCCCCCUGCUAUAACGCCUUCGGGCAAUGCGGGGUAAUUCUUCAAUUAAGAAUAAAGAAUAUAAAUGAUUUUGAACAUGUUUGGCAUAUUGUGCUUUCUGACACCAACUUAGUGCCUAUAGUGCCUAGAAGAAAGUUAAAGAACUACGUCUCUUGAGAUGAGAGUUUGUGAUAGUAGCAUUGCAGUUUUGGAAACCACACUGGCUUUUAGUAAUUUCAGCCGAUUACUGCUUUGGCGUCGAUUUUACAACCUUAUGAGAAUUGAAACUGUUGUUUGGUGUCACAUUAUCUUUCACAUACGACUAAAGAAACUAGUCCAAAUUUAAUGAGAUAUUGUUGCAGUGAUCUGUUGUCAAAACACUGCUGUCAGGUGACCUUAUUUUCACAAGUUAAAGAUCACUUGCAACAGCAUGUCUUUUUAACUUAAGCACAUGUGGGUCUUGUUCAUCUAUGUGCCAUCAAGAAUGCCCUUUUAACAGUAGAUGUGAAAAUUAUGCCAAGUCUACAGAAUAUUUUCCUUCGUUAUCUGUGCUGUAUAUGAUUACCAAUGUUUUCGGGGUUGAGAAUUUUUAAGGGGAUUUUACAGUCUGGCUUGUUUCUAAGUGUUUUGCUCAUGUACACUGCUGCAGUAUGAAACACGUGGCACAUUGUUGGCUCAUCACUACGGCCACUACUUGUGUGACCAUUCAUUCCAGACAUGUACUGCACACCAAAGCUAACAUAUGUUACAGCUGAAUGGUUUCCAUGCCUGUUUGUUAAUGGCAUGCUAUAGCAUUUAUUUAGCAUUUGUUGCAAUUGUAGAACUUGCAGAAACAAAUGCAUUCACCUUAUCUGCUCUGGUUUGCAGUAGAAGUAAUUGAGCAACAGUGAGUGAUAGAAAAUGUGCCAACACAGAUUCUCAAUAUUUUUUAAAAUGCUGGAUGUUGUUUGGUCAAAGUAAAGCAUAGCAUAGAAAAAAUGUUUAUGCAUAGUUUGUGGUGCUAGAAAUUAUCUAGUGACCAAGUCAGAUGGAUGACUGAUAAAGAUGAGAUGUAGAAAUAUAAAAUUAAAUUAUUAUAUCAGAACCAUUUCGCUAAUUGAUUUCAGGCAAAGGCAAAGAUCAGGGCAAAGUUUGGUAUAAGUGUCGCAAUGUGUUGCACAAUGCACGCAGUAAAGCAUGGGGCUCUCUCUGCAAAGGUUUGUCUUGAGGCUCCUGAAGAAGGCCAUUCUACAUAUAAAUAGGAUUUCAAGUGGUUGCAGUGGGCAGACCUGCGUCUCGAGGCAAAGCUUGUUUCAUUGUGCAAAUGUCUCGUAAUCCUGUUUGAGUAGUCACAUGUAAUAGUAUGAAUAAAGUGCAUAUUUCCAUGUA